AUGAGCGACAAACGAAAUGUCGCAAAACAGACACCACCAAUUCCAAUCCAAAACUCUGAGACCUCUCCAGAUCAGAAAGACGCUAAAAGUCUUGACGAUUUAUGGAAAGAAGCUGUGACGAGAAUACAGAAAGAAAAUGGUGUCAGCCUCCCAGCCAUUUCAGAAAGCGACUCUGAUGCGCUCCAACAACCGGACCAGCGUCUCCAGAAGGCGUCUGAAUUAUUCGAAAAGUCACGGCAUCCCGAUGAACGUAAAACCAAGGUGAUUAAGGCUGUAUCUGGAUGUUUGGACUGGACUUAUUCAGGUGUAACGUUCUUCAAAGAUCAUGUAUCUGGAACUUAUGCAGCGCCCGCCCAAAUUGUAGCGGGUUCGGUCUUGUAUAUGAUCCAGGCCGCGAAAAACGUGACUGAAGACUUUGACCUGAUUGAAUCAACGUUCGUCGAGCUUCACGAUGCGCUCCUUGAUAUUGGGGAUCUCAAAAAGCGAGAGUUUCGUGAAUCAAAUUUCCUCAACAAACUGAUGGAUAUAUUCAUUUCUAUGCUUGACUUCUGUCUAUUCAGUGGGAAGAUGUUCGUUGAGUAUCGGAGAAAACGGCUUUAUCUUAAUGCUCUUUUACAUGGUAGAAACAAGAAAAUCAUGGCUCGCUGCGAAAAGGUAAAAAUGACGAUAAUGGUGUUUCGCGCUACCAUACCAUUCCAAAUCCUUGACGUUGUGAAAGCUAUGGAUAGCAAAAUUGAGGAUCUUCCAGCCAACUUGCUCGACUUAUUACAGCAUGAAAGGAUCAAGCCAUCUGAUUUGCAAGCCCUUUGGGGCAGGACUACUUCCCUGGAGAAGAUUACGAAGACGCUGAAGGAUAACAAGGAUCUGGAUCCUGAUGUCAUAGUUGCAAUUCAGAUCCAUAUGGAAUUCUUGAAAGCGCACCUUGUCACUGGCACAUUUUCUUGGAUUGAAAAUGAGCCGGUGUACAAAUCUUGGGUGAGCGGACACAAGACCCCGGUUAUCUAUGUUUCCGGUGCCACCGGGACUGGAAAGACGUUCUUUUCCUAUCGCUGUUUUAUGUCGAUUCAAGAACAAGCCAAGAAGAAUCGAUUGGAGGGAGGCAAGAAUAAUCCCCGACAAACGACACUAGUUACAUACUUUCCUUUUGAGCCUGGAAGGCGCGACUCACAAUCAUUCCGAAAUGUGUUGGCCUAUAUUUUGGUGCAAAUCGCGGAUAACGAUGGCAAGCUAGGCGACUCAAUUGCAAAAGACCUUGCCGCAUCCAAGAUUGCAAAGGAGGAAGACAGCAAAAAGAAGCUUGACUUCAUGUGGGAAAAGCUUUUGGUCAAGAAGUUCGAGAAGACUCCAGAUACAUCCCGUAUUCUCUACAUUAUUCUUGAUGGUGUGGAAUUGAUGGAUGGACCUGAUCGUCAAGCAAUGUUGAGCCUUUUCCAGACAUUAAAUUCAGACAAAGAUGGUAUCCGCAUUCUUAUGACAGGACCUCCAGAUGAAGAUAUCUAUGGCCCAAUCGCCCAGUAUACGGAUUGUCCGAAGAUCGAUUUGUUCGAGAAAACGCGGUCAAGCAGUGAUUUUGCAAAGCUCAUUGACUCGCAUUUUAACCAGUCGGAGAUGUUGAAAAGCUUCAAAGAUUCUACAAAGGAGAUCAUAAAAAGCAAGCUUCUAGACAGCCCCGAAAGAGUUAUGUCGUCAGUAGAUCUUACACUGACAAUGCUCGAACAAUGCGACGGAGAUGCAUCAGCAUUGAUAAAAAUUGAUCAUGUGAAAGGUCAACACGGUCUGUAUACUGCAAUGAUUGAUACAGUUUGCUCAAAAAGAAGCCCACGAGACCGCGAGAUUGUCGAGAAGAUAUUUGCUCUAUGCACAUUUGCUAAGGAGCCCUUCAAAGUGUUCGAGCUUGAGCAACUUCUUGAACAAGAAACAACUAUCAGUAGUUUCGAUGUUGCUGCCGAGAUUGAGGGGAGACUAUCAAGUCUGCUUUAUACGGACAACUAUCGCACGACAAGUUCACCAGAGAUAGACACUUCACCUAAACCCGAGACAGAGAAUGAUGCAAUUGAAGCUCAAAAAAGGCGCGACAAGAACAAACAGAAGCAAGUCAGGUUCCGCCAACCGGCUUUCAGGGAUUAUUUGGAGCAAUCAAGCAACAACAUGAUUCGAGAUCCAGUCAAGGCAAAGGUCGACAUCUUUUUGAAACUUGUAGGAAUCCUUUGCGAUCAGUUACCGCAAGGGGCACCGAAUCGCGAUAGUCUUCAAGAGUACGCAGCGGACUGGCUACUGGAUCACCUCGAGGACAUUCAUGUUAAAAAUACUACCCCCCAACAAGGAGCUCAGGUUGUUGAGGCCUUAAUGCGGAUAUUAUAUAACGACAACGACGUGUCUCGCGUUUUUGAAGAGAUUCAAAGUCGGAGAAGUGAUUUGCACGACGUUGACUUUGGCAUCUAUGCCAUAUCUAAUUUACCUUACGAAGAACGAGGUUUCCGCCACCUGAAUUUACUAUUGGCGUGGGCUAGGAAGAUGAGCUUCCAUAACGAAGAGAAGAUGUCGACUAGAGCACAAGAAGGAAUUGAGAAAUUGCUCAAAGAUACGCGAUCUGUGCUAGAACACCUGGCUCGUGGUCAUCUUGUCAGGUGGACGGAAAGAAUGACAUACGGAGAGGCCAAGAUUUCCUACAACUUUAUCUGCCGGGCUUUGUGGUUGACUGGAAAAUUAGAUCCCGACUACCCCGAUCCGCGCGCUUAUUUCCCUGCGGUGACUGCCACCAGAGCUAAAGCACUUAUUGAGUAUGGGAAGAAUGAAGUCUAUAAAAAUCCAGUGGAGAUCGCUCGAUGUCGAAUUGCGACAGCUUUAGUUCUUCAAACUGAACUCACUGACGAAAUUAGAGAACUCUAUGUCGAAUUGUAUCAAACUAAUUUGACGGAAAGAACAACUCUAGGUCCUGAGAAAUUCUAUUCUUACUUGGGAAUGGCAGAGUACCACCGAGCAUCAUUUCUAACUUCAACCACAGACGAAGGCGAAGAAGAACUGAACGCAAAAUGGAGGAAUGUUGUGAGCUUUGCCGACAAGGCCCUUAUUGAACGGAACGAAGAGAAGGGAGCUCUUGGAUCAGAGCUUCGGAAUGAACGAUGUAUCAAGGCCUUCCUUCUCAAAUCCGAAGCGUUGACGGAGCUGGGUUCAGAUGCUGAGGCUAUCGCAACCUGCGAAGAGGCCUUGAGCGAGGAGUUAGAGUAUACUGAUGAAAUAUUGGAAUUCUUGAAAACCAUUGUCAACAUUCAUACCAAGAAAGAGGAGUGGACAAAAGUGAUUCAAGCAGUGCGUCGCCAACGGCCCAGAAUCAGAUCCGAAUGGCUCUGGCAUCGAUCGGCUAAUUUCACGGAUAAGAAAGACUCUUUGAGAAGAGCGGCAGUCGAAACUCGACGAGUUGAUUUUGCAAUUCAGAUUUUUGAAGAGGCCGUUGAAUACUGGCAAGCGCGGGACAUUGGUCACUCAGUAGCAACGCAGGCUGAAUUGGCAGUGGUUUACAGACGCGACGCACGUGCGACAAAAAUGGCCGAGAAUGAGAUUGAGAAGUUAAUUACACGCCUUGUGGAAAAUCGCAUGAGCUUGUGGCUUGUCGAUCGUAUCUUUCCUGAAAUGAUUGACAUUCACUACGAAAAUUUCAUAGUGACUGAAUCCAAGGAUGUCAAGCAGCAGAUCAUUACACAGGUUGAAAAGACCAUCGACCGAUAUGAAAACAUGCAAAUAGUCGAACCUCUCACUAUAGCAAAGGCCCUUCUCGUACUAGCAGAAAUGUGGACCAAUUUUGAUGGCAAGUUGAAAGCCAGGCAAUACGCCGAGCGCGCUUUCACCCUCUGCAUUGCGGACUUGGAGGACUCCAUUGGCGCCAAUGACUCGGCAGCCUUUCGACUUUUGGCCAAAAUACUCAUGUUUGCGAAUCUCGAGAUUGACGCAGGGAUUGCGUUGUCUCUACAGUUUUCUUAUGUGAAUAUGGGUUACGACGAUUCCUAUAGUAUGAGACUAGAUCCUAUUGUUACAGAGCAGACUUUAGAAUCGACCAACGAGGUACAACCUACCCAGAGUUUGCAGCAACAGGAUGUGCAACAAUCACCAACACCUCAAAGUCCGAUCGGGUUGGGGGAGUCAGAGAUAGAGUCUAAAGCAUUGGAAGAAACUGUCAACGGAUCUAUGGAACCAGUUCCUUCACUACCUCCUGGGAAGUCGGACGACAAAGACAACGCCACUUCAACUCAGAUAGUCGAAGUUGCUGAUAUAUCGACCUCCACCAGCGAACAAACAACGAAUAGCAACGCGAGUGAGGUAUUGCAGACAAAAGAAGCAUCCGAUGAACCGGCGGCAGAAACUCUACCGUCACCUGUUCCUAGUGAAGAUGGCCAUGCUGUGCCAGGAACUGCAACGGUCGAGUCCGCCCAAAUAGAUGCAUCGACCUAUACAGAUGUGAAUGGUGAAGACCAGGUAACGGUUACCGCAGAACCACUGCCGGAACCUGCAGACGCUCCUGUAGACGUAUCCGUGUAUCAAGACAUCAUGGAUACCGAGUAUGCAGUUGGCUGUGUAGGACAAUGCAUGAAUCCUCCAAUAGAAGUCAAAAGCUUCGGCCCGAAGAGCGACAAGAUGUACUAUUGCCUCGACUGCGACGAUGUGCAAUACUGUGAGCCCUGCUACCAGAUACAAAUCAAGUUUUACGACAACUUCGAGGAAGGGUUUUGGUACAAAUCCUGCUGGGCUCGACAUAGGUUCAUCCCUAUGCCUAUUGAUCAAUGGAUGGGAGUGAAAGAUGGUGUUAUUAGGAUAGGAAAGAAAGAAAAGCUUUGGAAGGACUGGCUAUUGUCUGUGAAAUCUCGAUGGAAGAGGAGGAUGAAUGAGGAGGAGGUUCCUAAUCACUCUGGUGCUGCGCUUAUGUAA